AUGUUGGACGUAUGCAAAAACCUAUGGCUUCAUGCAACUCUUGUUGAACCGAACAUUGAGUCCAACGAAUGCAGAGAUUGCAAGAGGCUUGUGACUAACGGAACUUACAGCACCAUUUUAUCCAAGAUAUCAAAGUCUGAAACUCUGAAAUUUGAUGUCAAGUCCACCUGUAAUGACUGCAAAAAAAUUAUAACUGAUUUGCGCGCCCUAGUCCAAGAUAACGACACCAAGAGUGCUAUAGCUAGCUACUUAAAAAAGGCAUUUUGUUACGAACUGCCUCUUCAAGUGGUUGACAUCUGCAAACACACUAUUGAUGCCUACGUUGUUAUUCUUAUGGAUAUGGCAGGUAGUGAGCUGCAUCCUGGUCCCAUCUGUGCUCUUUUUGGACUCUGUCCCACUGAAAGAAUUGAGAUGAAGAAGUCCGAAAAGGACUCAGAAUUCAAGUCACAUUCCUGGAUCCAAAGACCUGCUCCUGUUGGCUUCGAGUUCUUCCAUUCUCGUCUCAGCUACUCUGGUGCUGUUUCCGACUCAGAUGCUUGCACUGAAUGUAAGAAUGUAUUCUCCCGCAUUCGUGAUCAAACCAAGGAUCCUGUCUUCGAUCAAGCUUUAAAGAAUGUUGUUAAGGAAUCCCUUUGUGAAUCGUUCGGUUACUUUAAGAGCAUGUGUGAAGCGGCUGUCUCCAAGGAAGUAGACUCCAUGAUUGACAACGCCUCAAAAAUGAACAUCACUGACCUCUGCUUCUUCUUCAAUCAGUGCACAGAGAACGUGUCGCCAGUGGCAAGGGCUUUUAAGGCAUCUCUUUUUAGACUCUUUGCUCCUCCUUCACAGGAACUCAACGUUCCCAUUCCUUUCGUUUGUCCGGUGUGUGAGAUGUUUUUUGCAAAAGUGAUUGACUUGGUUCUCAACAAUAGGAGCGAGGCUGCAAUUGUUUGGGCACUUGAAGAGUCAUGUAAUCUGUUGCCCUCUAAAUCACGAGAGUCAUGCAUUCGAUUUGUCGAAGCCUACUCGGAUGUAAUCAUUCGAGAGAUUAUAGCAGGCACUGCCCCCAAGAUCAUUUGCUCCAGUUUUGGUGCUUGUGACGCAGUGGCGGCAAUUCCAGUUGCUGCUGGGGAUUCAGAGUGCAAAUUGUGUGAGGUGAUUGUCGGCACGAUUUACGAGAAUCUGGAGAACAAUGCCACCAAGGAGGAUACUGUCAAGGCGUUAGAGACAGCGUGCAGUCACCUCCCCUACCUUAGUGCUCGGUGUGUACAACUGGUGGAUGAAUAUUGCUCUCAGGUCAUAGAUCUCCUUGUGAGUGGUGUGUCACCGAAAGAAGUCUGUCAGAAAAUAGGAUUCUGUUCCGAGGUUGUGGUCGCUGAGCCGAGUCUGAAGGAUGGCUGUGCCAUCUGUGAGGUUGUCUUUGCCGAGCUCUACUCCAAACUACUUGACAAUGCUACCGUAGAGCGUGUUGAGGGUCUCCUAGAAUACCUCUGCAAAUAUGUCCCCUCAGCCUAUGCCUAUACGUGCCAGUCUUGGGUUGAACAGAACACAGCGGCGAUCAUCGAUCUUGUCGUACAAAAACUCCCACCAAGAGAGAUAUGUGAGGAGGAUGCUACAGCUGAUCAAAUUGAGAAGGCUCUUGAAAGUGUCUGCGAUUACCUUCCUAAUGAGGGUCUGAAGUCUACUUGCCACGAGUAUGUCAAGGCCUACACCCAAAUAUUGAUCGAUCUGUUGGUGAAGCACCUGCCCUCCAAAGAAGUCUGCCAGGAACUGCGUCUGUGUCCGUCGGAUGCACUCCUGAAGCAUCUGUGUGCCGGCGGCCCCUCAUCUUGGUGUCGUGAUGAGUAUACCGCCAAACUCUGCUCCCAAGAGACCUUCUGCAAGGAAUUCAUCUGGCAGCUUCCGAAUCCCUCGGAUCCAAACUCUCGUCCGCCCGUUGUUCGCAAGUACGACUGCAGUAAACUCUCCACUCGUGAGGAACGCUGUUCAGACGAGCGCUUGAUGCGCCUGUGCGGUUUCGGGGCCUUUUGCUUGGGGUACAAGCGUCCACCGGUGGAUCCCUCCAAUGCCUGCCGUUUCUGCCGAAACCUCCUCACUCAACGACUUACUUACGGUAGCUUCGCUCUUGACUGCUCCAUCUAUGUAAACCCGUUGGAAAAGAUACGAUGCCAGAACGUUCGAACGCUCAAGGUUCCGGGGCGUGUGUCUUUUAACAACCUCGAUUCCAUUUGCAAGGAAAAUCAACUCUGCGAUGAUUCGGUAGAAUCACCGCCAAUGAACUCCCUCGCUCCCCUUCAAAAAAUCAUCGGUGAUGAUCCCUGUCUCUGGGGUCCCUCGGUCGCGUGUCGCGAUGCUGAUAUUGCAGCUCGUUGUGGUAUGACUACCUACUGCCAACACCACGUCUGGCUGGCUGAUCAACCGCAGUCUCGAGCCGAAAAAGUUCCCAGCUUGGCCCUCAUUGAUUGCUCCCGUCCCCUGCGUGAGAUCUGUGUCUCUCCAUUGUUGCGCUACUGUGGACGCUCUAUUCUGGAGCAGUGUCGUCUCUACGCCGCGUCGGGCAGUGUUGGGAGUGAUAUGCGUCGUGAAAUGUGCAAAGACCGUCCUCUAAGCUUCUGUUCAGAUCCCAGGAUGGUAAAACUGUGUGGAAUGGGCGAGUACUGCGAGGCAAUGAGCAUGACUCCUACAUCACCAGCACCGCCGAAUACAGAGGCUCCACGCGAUCCUCGAUGUCGUCUCGGCUCAGCUUUUGUAUGUCAAACCUACGCAAAUGCAGUGCUCUGUGACCAGGUGGAGAUGUGCCGUAGCAGAUUCUGGCCACGAGGAGUGUAG